UUCGAUGCGGUAAGGAUGUUUUCGUUGGUCGGGUUGUUUGCUUACUGGACGGUGGUUUCCUGUGCCUUAGCCGCACCAACAGUGCAUUUGAUAAAACCAGAGGACGACGGAUAUUUUGCUCCGGAUCCAGCUUUCCAGCGAACGGAGCUUCCUCAGGUAGUGGAUCCGAUCUGGAUGACAGUAACAAUGAAGCCACUCGUUAAAACCACUGUAGUCGAUCCAAUUAGUAAAAGAUUGCCACCCUCCGUGCAAACCGUUCAGCCGCGCAUUCAACAGCAUCAACAGCAACAACCAUUGCCUUACUAUCCGUACUACCAUCAGCUGCCAACAGCGCCGGUGAUUGAACCGCACUCACUGUCACUCUACCCAAACCCAUACAACAUGCCAAGCUAUCAAUACCAGCAAGCGGGAUUCCCUCUUCAGUGGACAUCGUCGGUAUCGCAUCCUUAUCCGACAAUUCCGCUACAUCAGCCCGGUUCCAGCAACGUAAUUCCACCGUGUGACGACUCCGAUGUUAGAAAUACUAUCGGUGGCGGAUAUCAGCAGUACGGCUAUUAGAACCGCAAAGUUUUGCAUGCCGUGCCGUGUGAGUUUUUUUUUUGACAAAUGUGUGUGACUGCGGAUCACGGCGACAAGCACUCGUCAAGCUGUCUUCAAUGCAGUACCUACCUAAUUUUACGAAUGAAAUCACUUCAAAGUCCGUCGUCUUCCGCCUGGCUAGUUAAACUGGAACCAUAGCAGAUUCAAUGGACUCUUCGCGAGCUUUUAUGCCAGAUCGAAAGGCGGCUGAGGAAAGCUUCGGGAAACACUGGUUUAAUUCAAACAAUUUUUUUAAGUUGUGAAAAAAUUAUCUCAAUUAUUAUUCUAUUGGCCGUGAGCUCGAUGAAUAGAACUGCAUUCGUCUAGAUGAGCUAUAAAUUGAUAAUCUCUCGCUUGCAUGAAUUUAUAAAAAUUACAGUUGUCUUAGUGAAGUGAUUUUCUAGCUAGGUUAGGUUUUUUGCUUUAAGUUGUUGCAUUUUUCUUCAAUAAAAUUGUAUCAUUCUAGUGAUUGUAGUGAAAAAUAGCAAUCCAAAAUCACAAUUUAAUACACUCGAAAUAUUAAAAGUGACUCAUAAUGCACUUGAGGAAAUGCGACCUACGACGUGAUGCGGACUUUAAAGCUGUACCUGAUUUAUAUUUGGUGACGUAUUCAAUUGCAGCAACAUAAAUUAGGGCUAUGCAUGCUUCUGAGUAAUUUCAUAUAAUUUCGGUAAACUCGAUAUUGUACCAAAUUCCAAGAAUAGUUCAUUGUAAAUAUUUAGUUGGAAAUCUAAAAUUUCCAAUCAACCCAAUUUGUGAAAUUGAACACCCAAGCUGAAAAUCUUUCGUGUCGCUACCUCCACGUGGGGCCGUCCGAAGUACACAACCUUGGUUGUUGUACGCAGACAGGGAAUUAAAGGAGAACAGCGGCUCCCACCCACUCUAAGAUGGCAGCCCCAUCAGCGGGAUAUGGACUUUAGGCUAACAACCAUAAGCAAAAAUAAAGAAGAAAGCGAUCUGGAUUAUUGGUAACGAUCCCAAACAAAAUACUGACCUUUACUCAGUAGGGUAAGCCGGCUCAACUUACAAGGAAAGCUAGCUGCCUGAAGCUUUUUAAUUACUGGGGUUAAGUGAGGUCCGCUGGCCAGGUACUGCCGAACACAUGACAAGCAACACACAUUACACAUUACAGAAUCCAGAAAUCCUCUAAUAUAUUAUUCCAGGAUGCCACA